CGUUAUAGUUGGUCAGUUGCCUUAAAAAUAAAACUCAUAUCCCCUUGAAUUUGCCGAUAAAACGGUUCACUUCUUCUUUAUACAUGUUUGUGUCACAUGUUAUAUUUUUCUAUUCUUAUUGAGCUUUUUAAAGUUUCGUUUUAAGGACAUUUGUUAGUCAUUGGAGUCGUGCCCUCUUGACUGCCACAUGCUAGUCAUGCUUUCUGAAAGUUGAAGUCUGUACUUUAAAAAUUGACCGUAAAAAUGCCGAAAAAGAAGACGGGGGCGAGGAAGAAGGCAGAGAAGAUGAAGGAGAGACAGAGGGAAAUCCGGUCUGCCAGCCGUCCACUUGCUGAUAGACCCUGUAAUUCAAUAAUGGAGUGUGACCAGUGUAAAAGAGUUCAGAAAAAUCGGGCAUUUUGCUAUUUUUGCAGUGCUUUACAGAGACUGCCUAUUUGUGGAGAAUGUGGCAAGCAGAAAUGUAUGAUGAAGACUGGAGACUGUGUCGUAAAACAUCCUGGACAGUUCACAACUGGUCUUGGAAUGGUGGGUGCUAUCUGUGAUUUCUGUGAGUGCUGGGUGUGUCAUGGCAGAAAGUGCCUCACCACGCAUGCAUGCACAUGUGUCUUGCGAGAUGCAGUGUGUCAGGAGUGUAAACGUGGAGUAUGGGAUCAAGGUAAGUCAUUAAGUGCUAGCUAAUAGGUAAUUCCUCUUUUUGUCGGAU